AUCUAAUAGUAGUAUAUAGUAGUACAACAUUUCUAUCUGGGUCGGGGUAGAGAGAGAGACAGAGAGAGCCCUCUCAAAGAAAGCAGAGAGAAUAGGAGGCAUGGUAUUGGUAUCGCACCCACCCGCUCACCCUACGAGAAACAAACAUCAUACGCACGCAGGCAGGUAUAAAAAUCAAAACAGGAGUCCUGCCACCUCGACCCGUCACCGUCAUCAAGAUCAAGAUCAAGAUCAAGAUCGAGAUCAAGAAAAGACGACCGACGGGUGGUGAAGAUUGGACUGAAAUGAAGAAGAAGAAGAAGAAGGAGGAGGAGGAAGAAGAAGGAAGAAGGAAGAGAGAAGAGAGAUGGCGACAGGCGUGCCACUUGGCAGGAGGGCAGUGGUGAGGGAGGCUGGGGCUCGCCUCCCACGACAAUACUACUUUGUCAGUCAGUCAGUCAGUGUGUGUGCGCGAAACCCCCAAAGUCCCCUCACCCCCUCCCGAUGACCCCGGCGAAUCCGCAUUUGCUAUCUAUCUGUCGAUGCCAAUGUAGUGUUGUCUCUCUCUCUCUCACCCAACGCAAAUACAAGCCCCCCACCCCCUUUCUCUCUCUCUACAUCUCACUCCUUCUCUUUCUAUAUAUAAUUAUAUCUCUAUUUAUUUCAAUUCUCUAUUUCUCUCUCUCUCUCCUCCUCUCCUGUUCUCGUUCCUCCCGUACCCGCAUACCCUAAUUCCCCCUUUUGCUUUGCUCCACCGCUCCCUGUAUUUCUUCAGUUUAUAUGCGCGUUGAAGCCGGCAAGAUUGGAAUUUUAUUACAUGUUUUGUGGGUUUUUUGAUCCAUAAGCGCGUCGGUUCCUACAGCAUAAAGGGGAUGAAGGAAAAGAGCUCAGAGAAUAGUACGCUGCUUAGCAAAAACUGGCUGUCAAAGCGUAAGCGACGGAAGCUUCCAUCUGGCACUGACAAAUCAGGUGACAGAGAUAGAAAAUACAAACACAUAAAGUUUCCAUCAACAACUUCAUCGAAUGGUGUUAGUUCGGAAAUAGCUUCAAGUAAGAGAAAAGGGAAUGAUGGGUAUUAUUAUGAGUGUGAGAUCUGUGAACUUGGUGGAAAGUUACUCUGCUGUGAUUAUUGCCCACGCACGUAUCAUCUUGAGUGUUUGGAUCCUGCAUUGCAGAGCAUUCCAAAGGGGAAGUGGGAAUGCCCAAUAUGCUGUCAGCCACGGUGUGCUGUAUGUGACCUCAGUGGACAGUUGCUAGGGUUGGAUUCCUGUUCCCAUUUUUAUCAUCUGGAGUGUUUAGAUCCUCCUUUGCAGAAGUGUAUUCCAAAAGGAGAGUUGGAAUGCCCAAUUUGCUUCCAGAAAAGUACAUCUGUGGAGACGUUUAACCAUUUGGAUUCCAUUUCAAGAUGCGCACAAGCAAAAGUUAUCAUUAGAAGAUCAAAGAAUGAAGAAGAAUCAUCUGUGACUAAAUAUGCAAACAAGGCAUGUGAAAGUUCUACUGCCCGGAGGCAAUCUUUAGGAAAAGAGCAGUUGUCCUUGAAUCGGCAUGGAAAAAGAGUUGAGAGGUUGGAUUCUCUCGGCAAUGAUAAAUGUACAGUUGAACAAAAUUUCAUGGAGGGUAGUCCAUCAGAUAAUGAUCUUGAUAUGAGAAGUAAUGUCAAAAUUCUCCAUAUACAAGCAGGCAAGGCAAUAAUUCAACAUGUAAAUUUGAAUGAAGAAUCUUCCGAGCAAUUAUCCCAAGGAUCUCCUGAAAAAUUUUCACCUGGAAAUGAGCCUGUCCUAGCUCUGGAAGCUGCUACUCAUGCAGGCAGGAAAAGAAAGCGUAAGGUUCACUUCCAUGAGAAUGCAAAGAAGCAGAAGACUGAGAAAGGAAAGUCUGGUUCUGAUAAUUCUAGAAAGAUUCGGUCCAAAGGAAAUGAUACUCGUCUUAGGACUUCUAAAUCACAUGGAAAACAUAAAAAACUUGAUCACAAGGAUUGUUCAACUCCAAUUAAGGAGGAUGUGAAGACAGAUGUUCACAAACCACCAAAUGAUGAGGUUGGUACUGAGGAAACUGAUAAUGAUUCUCUUGAUUGUCCACCAAUGGGAAAGGUUGCUUUUGAUCCAUUGAUACAUGCCAGAGAUGCAUAUGAUAUCCAGCAGGUUGAUCGAGUUAUUGGCUGUCGAGUUCAAAGUGAUACAAGUUCAGAUUGUAAUACCGUUGCAACCAAUGCCUGUGUUCUACCUUUGGUGGAUUCAUUUGCAGCGGAAGAUCCAAAUAAACUAUCUGGGAAUGAUCCCAUCUGUGAGAUACCUCUGGAUGGGGUUUGUGGGGGAAAUUUGGUGAGGACACACGAGGAUAUGGCUAUCUGUCCUGAUAGAAGGAAUGCAAGUAAUCGUUUAGAUAAAGAUGUACUACAAGUGUACAGAAGAUCACUUACAAAAGAUUGCAAAGAAAGAAAUCUUGUAGAUUCUUUGAGUGAUAAUGAUGGUUGUGGUUCUGUUGCAAUGAAUAACAAUAAUCAAGAAGAAAAUAUCUCAGGCGCCAGUGGAGCCAAAACUGAGGAGGUUGGGACUGACAGUAGUGGUAUGGUCCUAAGGACUUGUGACAGUAAUGAUGGCUCAAAGAACUGUCAAAUUUCUGGAAAACCGAUGAAUGGUCAAACUCAUAUCUCUGAUGAGAAUACCAGCAGAAAAGAAAUCUUAAAUGAGACAGUUGUUAAUGGUGGCCUCAAAAUGAAAUUGAAUCAUUCUUAUCUCGUUGAAUCUGGAUCACCCACCAUAUCAUAUGAGUUCUUGGUCAAGUGGGUUGGGAAGUCUCAUCUUCACAACAGCUGGAUUCCAGAAUCAGAAUUGAAAGUUCUGGCUAAAAGGAAACUUGAGAACUACAAGGCGAAGUAUGGAACAGCUAUAAUGAAUCUGUGUGAGGAACAGUGGAAGAGGCCUCAAAGGGUAAUUGCUACUCGCAUCUCUGCAAAUGGUUCAACUGAAGUAUAUGUAAAAUGGACAGGACUUCCUUAUGAUGAGUGCACUUGGGAAAGAAUGGAUGUACCUGCUAUUGCAAAUUCCUCCCACUUGGUUGAUCUAUUCUUCAGGUUUGAGCGUCAAGCAUUGGACAAUGAUACUGCUGAGCCUGCUUCUAUACGAAGGAAUGCUAUUGAAAAAAGUGAUAUAGUUGCUCUCACUGAACAGCCUAAAGAGCUAGUUGGAGGUUCUUUGUUUCCACAUCAGUUGGAAGCAUUGAAUUGGUUGCGCAAGAGUUGGAAAAAAUCAAGAAAUGUUAUACUUGCUGAUGAAAUGGGGCUUGGGAAAACAGUAUCAGCUUGUGCUUUUAUAUCAUCUUUAUAUUUUGAAUUCAAAGCAAUCCUUCCUUGCCUAGUUUUAGUUCCUUUAUCCACUAUGCCCAACUGGAUGUCUGAGUUUGCACUAUGGGCUCCAGAUCUCAAUGUUGUGGAAUAUCAUGGUAACACCAGAGCUCGUGCUGCCAUUCGUCAAUAUGAAUGGCAUGCCUCUGAUCCUCAUGGUUUGAACAAGAAAACAUCUGCAUACAAAUUCAAUGUUCUAUUGACUACUUAUGAAAUGGUUUUGUGUGAUUCUUCUCAUCUACGCGGAGUUCCUUGGGAAGUUCUUGUGGUUGAUGAGGGUCAUCGCCUGAAAAAUUCUGGUAGUAAGUUGUUUGGUUUGCUAAAUACAUUCUCAUUCCAGCAUCGAGUGCUGUUGACUGGUACUCCUCUUCAAAACAACAUAGGGGAAAUGUAUAAUCUCCUAAAUUUCUUACAGCCAACUUCAUUUCCAUCUCUCACUUCAUUUGAGGAGAAGUUUAAUGAUUUGACAACUGCAGAAAAGGUGGAUGAACUGAAAAAGCUUGUCGCUCCCCACAUGCUUCGUAGGCUUAAAAAGGAUGCCAUGCAGAAUAUUCCCCCCAAGACCGAAAGGGUGGUUCCUGUUGAAUUAUCAUCUAUUCAGGCAGAAUAUUAUCGUGCCAUGCUCACCAAGAACUAUCAGAUACUACGCAACAUAGGAAAGGGGGUUCCUCAGCAAUCGAUGCUGAAUAUUGUGAUGCAGUUGAGGAAGGUUUGCAAUCAUCCGUAUCUUAUACCUGGGACUGAGCCUGAAUCGGGCUCAGUGGAAUUCCUACAUGAAAUGAGAAUUAAGGCUUCUGCUAAGCUAACAUUAUUGCACUCUAUGCUGAAUAUGUUGCACAAGGAAGGUCACAGAGUCCUUAUAUUCUCACAGAUGACCAAGUUACUUGACAUCCUUGAAGAUUACUUGACUAUUGAGUUUGGGCCAAAGACAUAUGAGAGAGUGGAUGGCUCUGUUUCUGUGGCUGAACGACAAUCGGCAAUUGCCCGUUUUAACCAAGACAAGAGUCGAUUUGUUUUUCUGCUAUCAACUCGUUCCUGUGGUCUAGGCAUCAAUUUGGCAACAGCUGAUACUGUUAUUAUUUAUGAUUCAGAUUUCAAUCCACAUGCAGAUAUCCAAGCAAUGAAUCGUGCCCAUCGGAUUGGUCAGUCAAACAGACUUCUAGUAUACAGGCUUGUUGUUCGUGCUAGUGUGGAAGAACGCAUCUUGCAGCUUGCAAAGAAGAAAUUAAUGCUUGAUCAACUUUUUGUGAACAAAUCUGGAUCACAAAAGGAAGUGGAAGACAUCUUAAAGUGGGGAACCGAAGAACUUUUUAAUGAUUCAACUUCUGUUAGUGGAAAAGAUGUUGAAAUCCUGAACAAUAAAGACGAAGCAGUUGCAGAAGUAGAGCCUAAUAGUCGGAGAAGGACUGGUGGACUUGGUGAUGUAUAUAAAGACAAAUGUGCAGAAGGUAGUAACAAGAUAGUAUGGGAUGAAAACGCAAUUCUAAAGUUGCUGGACCGCUCAAACCUGCAAUCAGGAUCACCUGAAAAUACUGAAUCAGAAUUGGAUAAUGACAUGCUUGGUUCGGUGAAGUCACUUGAAUGGAAUGAUGAGUGCACUGAAGAACAAGCUGGAAUAGCUUCAGUUUCUACAGGAGCUACUGCUGCAAGUGCACAAAAUUGUGAAAAGAAAGAAAAGGCUUCGGUAUGUGCUAAUGAAGAGAAUGAGUGGGAUAGGCUUCUGCGAGUAAGAUGGGAGAAAUAUCAAAAUGAGGAGGAAGCAGCUCUUGGGCGUGGGAAAAGGCAAAGGAAAGCUGUUUCUUACCGGGAGGCAUAUGUUGCUCAUCCCACUGAAGCACUGAGUGAGAGUGGUGCUGAAGAGGAGCAGGAGCGUGAACCUGAGCCUAAAUUUGAAUACACACCAGCUGGACGAGCUUUAAAAGAAAAAUAUGCUAAGCUUCGAGCCAGGCAGAAGGAAAGGUUGGCUAAGAGGAAAGUAACAGAAAUAUGCCCUCCAUCUGAAAUUCAAGAAAAUGAGGCUGCUAUAUCAAGUCAAGCUAAUGAAGAAAAAUAUUUAGCUGUGCGUGUGGAAGAUAAUAGUCAUGAUAACAUAGGAUCAAGUAGUGUGACUGACUCCACCUUGAAUCUGAGAAGGAUACUGAAGAAGAAAAGUCCUCUCCACCUGGAUCUUCCUGGUACAUCUGACCAGCAUAUUCCUGAAUUUCCUGCAGUUGGUCAUCUGUUGCAGGAUAUGAGCUCCAUUGAUGCUAUGCGCAAUAGCUUGCUGCCAGUUAUUGGUUUAUGUGCGCCGAAUGCCCCUAAGAAAAUGGAGCAACUGCAGCGGAAAAUUUCUAGACCUCACCAAAGGCAAUUGAAACAAGGGCUUGGGUUUGAGUUCCCAUUGCCAGCCAGUUCUACAUCUGCCUUGUUAAGUGAGAUGAGUACAAAACAGCAUGAGGCAAAUUUGGCACGACAUAAGUUGCCUGAUUUUGUACCUGGAACUUCUCAAUUGCACCCAGUCAGUGGCGUUUCUGAUAGAAAUCUGCCAUUUCCACCUCACUCGUUGAAUAUCUUGAAAGGUAAAGGAACGGCUGGGCAUCCUGGGAACGGUGGUUCUACAUUUUCUGAUUUCCAAGAAAAAAUGUUGUUGCCAAAACUGCCUUUCGAUGAGAAACUGCUUCCAAGAUAUUCUUUUCCAUGUGGGAGCUUUCCAAAUACUUCUGACUUCCAUGAAAACCUAUCCUGCGGAUCUGGAGUCAAAGAACCCAAGGAAACCAUACAUGAUCUUCCUGUGCUGCCAUUGUUCCCAAAUCUAAAAUUUCCACCAGAUCUGCCCAAGUAUAAUCAACCAGGGCAGGAGAUACUCCCAGCAUUGGGCUCUAGUCAAAUUCCCUCUUCAAUGCCCUCCUUUCCUGAAAAUCACAGGAAGGCUUUGGAGAGUAUCAAUCUGAAAACUGGAUUGGGAUCUGACAAGCUGCUGAGAAAUAAGUCAAAGAAUGAAAUUUGGUCUGAGGAUGAACUUGAUUACCUGUGGAUAGGUGUUCGCAGGCAUGGGAGAGGAAAUUGGGAUACAAUGCUACAGGAUCACAGGUUGAAGUUUUCAAAGUUUAAAACUGCAAGGGACUUGGCAGUAAGAUGGGAGGAAGAGCAACUCAAGAUCCUGGAUGGGCCAGGAUUUCAUCCUACAAACACUUUCAAGCCCCUAAGGUCUUCAAACUCUCCCCUUUUUCCAACUUCUGAUGGAAUGAUGGCACGAGCACUGCACGGUGCAACUUAUGGAGUUAAAAAUGGGCCACUGAAAUUUCAGGCGCACUUGACAGAUAUGAGAUUGGGUCUUGGUGGUCUACCAUCCCUAGCACCACCUUCAGAACUAUGCGAUCCAUCUUUCCCAGCUUUGAGUAUGGACAAAUUUCAGGCCAUAUUCUCUAAAGACUUUUAUGCAGGACCUAUCGAUAGAUUUGGAGCCUCCUCCAGUACUCCCGCUGAGUCACCUUUUCUGCUGAACUCUCUGGGAUCUAGUUGCUUAGAUUCUCUGGCUUUGAUGCAGAGGGAGAAACUAAGGGAUUCAAUUAGGUUGGGGAUGUCAAGUGGCCAUAAUAGUAUGGGUAAUAGUAGCGAGCCUACUUGUGCUGCUCUGGAUGCCAACUGUAACAAGGUCAAAAACUUCUCUGCGUCCAAGGGAAAGGAAGAAGUCUCCAGUUACACGUCUCCCAAGGGUCUUCUACCUCAUUGGCUUCGAGAAGUGGUCAACGUCCCUGGUAAAACACGAGGUUUGGAGCUGCCGCCCACCGUGUCUGCAAUAGCACAGUCUGUUAGCGUUUUGUAUGGUGAAGGGAGAUCCCCAAUUCCUCCAUUUAUUGUGCCAGGACCUCCUCCCCUCAAGCCCAAGGAUCCACGCCGUGGGCUGAAGAAGAAGAAGAAGAAGAAGUCACAUGCUUGUGGGAAGUCUACCCUUUCUGCUUUGAGUGCAUUCUCUGGCGGCCACCAUGGACAGAAUGUUGGCUCGACCUCUGUUGCCCAAUCAACGACAUUACCUUCACACCCAAAGCCAGUGAUUGCCGCACCGGGAGUACCCUGUAGUGAGGUCAAUCUCAACACGUCUCCUUUGAAUGUGAAGAAUGGUUCCCUGCCAUCACCUCCUGUGAUGAAAACAUCAACUGCAAUUACUGGAUUGUCACCGCCUUCAGCAGAAGUCCAGGAAAUGGUCUCUUCCUGUGCUGAACCAGCUCCUCUUAUGACACACCCAGAUUCUGGUGAAGGCUUGAUGCCUAAACCAAGUGGUGUUGAUGUUGUUGGGUCAGAGAUAGAGGCCCCCCCUAUGCCUAAUGUGGAGAAGAAAUCAGAUGUGACGGGGUCAACUGCUGUGGAAGAAGCGAAAAGCGGGGGCUCGUGCAGGAGAUGCCCAGACCCUGUAGAUGAUAUUAGGCCACCAGGUAUGGAAGAGGUAUCUUCAGAAGGAACUAUAUCAGAUCAUCAGCCUUUAAGCAGCCGUGAGAUGUAAUAGAUGUGUGGAUGCAUGCAGCAGUAUCCCAUUUAAUUGGAUACAAUUCAACUCAAGUCAACUCAUCUCAAUGUGGGCUUAGUUUUGCAGUGCAGCUCAGGGUGUUGUACUAGUAAAGGAGACGUGUGGAUAUAAAAAUUAUCAGGAAAAAAAAAAAAAAGGGAAGAGAAGAUGAAGAA